AUGGCCACUUCGCCCAAAGCGCAGCAGCACCACUCGCCGCCGCCGCAAGUCUUGGAUCAGAACGCCUCUGCAGCCGAGGGCGAGCUGCAAGACAGCGUGCAGCGCACCUGCAGCGGCGCCUGCGCCCUACGCGCAGUGGAGCUGCUGCGGUCCCCCAAAGAUGCGAUCCUUCGCGACGAGUUGGCGCUUCGCAUGGCUGGGCCGCGCAUGCUGCGUUGGUUUGGGGAGCGCUGGGACGCCUGGGAGGCAGCGGAGGGCCCGGGCAAGCACUCGUACUUUGCCGGGCGGGCGCGCGUGCUGGAUGAGUUGGUGCAAGAAGCCGCUGCUGCCCUGGCCGCGCGCACGGGCGACCAUGCUUCCGCCCCGCCAGGGGCGCCUGUUGAUGAGGCCAGCGGCGGCGGCGGCAGUGAAGCGGGAGGCAGCGGCGGCAGCGGCGACUUGUGCGUGCAGGUCGUAAGUCUGGGCUGCGGCAUGGACACGCGCCCUUGGCGGCUGGGCGGCCUGCCAGCUGGCACCGCCUGGUUUGACGUCGACCAGGCGCCAGUCAUCGAGCUUAAGGACAGGUUCCUGCGGGAGGCAGGCGCAGAGCUGGGGCCCUCGGCGGCGGCGAGCGGCGGCGGCGGCAGCGGCAGCCAGCAAGGGGCGGAGGCAGGAGCGGCAUUCACGUUGAAAUGCAGCUCGUACCGGCAGGUGGUGUCUGACCUGUCGCAGCCGGGGCUGCAGCAGCAGCUGGAGGCGGCCGGCUUUGACCCAGCCCUGCCCACGCUGUGGGUGCUUGAGGGCCUCUGCUAUUACCUGCCGUUGGACGCGAACGCGCGCCUGCUGGCCGACGCCGCGGCCGCCAGCCCGCCGGGCAGCCGCCUGCUGGCGACCCACAUUCCCCGAGAGAACCUGGACGCGAACCGCGCCUGCCAGCCGGGCGUGAGCGCGCUCGGGGGGCUGUUCACGGUGUGCAUCGAUGACGUGCAGGCGGACGGCAUGCUGGGGCGCGCCGGGUGGGGAGAUGUCGUCGUCAGCGGGGACAUAGGAGAGGAGGUUGUGUCGCGGUUUGGGGUCGAGUCUUACUACCCUUACAGCCUGGAGUAUUCUGGUGGCCGCAAGCUGGGGGGCAUCGAGGUAAUUUUGCAGGCAGUCAGAUUGUAA